AUGAUCCUGGGCCCACAAUGCUUGAAAUACUUGAAACCACUUCAAAAGUUAACCCAUCAGCAACUUAUAGAACAAGAAAAUGGAGUUCUAGAGGAAAAUUGCCUAGUCAAUAAGGAAGCAGAAUUGUUCUCCGGCUUUAGUUUCCAAAAAGUUGAUUCCGAUUUGUUGAAACAACUUAUCUGCAUGGGUUUUGAUCCUGUAAAAGUAGAAUACGCUCUUAGACAGACGGGAAACUUGAUUACACAAGCGAUGGAUUUGCUGCUUUCUGAGUCAGAUUUAACCUCUAGUUCCACCACCCAGUUAACAACCUCAGACUCCACAGUCUCUUUCAAUUCGUCCCACUCAACUGAUAUUCAUACCCAUUCGGCUGAUAACCCCAAUUCUGGGCUAGCGACCCAUCGUCUUUCAAUAGCUCAACUAACUCCUGGCCAGUUGUUGAAUAUUUUUCGCGCUUGGAGACUUCGUGGAAGCCAACCUAGCAUAGAAGCCAAGUCCAGCCUCAUGGAAAUGGGCUUUCCUGAAUCGGAGGCAGUGGCAGCUCUGAGGGUAACUGGGAAUGACAAACGUCUUGCGGUGAGUUAUUCAUUAUUAAUGCGAGUUUCACUAUUCCUAGUUACCAUAUAUGGUUAG